CGAUAAUAUUGCAUCACUGGAUGGAUAAAAUUAUAAUCAUCAACAGUGGCACUAUUCUCUUCAUUCUUUGGAGUGCAAAAGGUGCUAGUAUCUCUAGCUCGACAAUGUUCCAUCACUGGAUGGAUAUCAUCAUCAUCAACAACACUGGCACUACUCUCUUCAUUCUUUGUAAUGCAAAAGAGCAACUGGAGAAAGCAAUUGAGCAACUCCAGAAAAAAAUUGAAAAAGCAAAACCUUCAGAAGCAGAACAUGGUGAUCUGAGAACUCAAAUAGAACCUGGUGAACUGAGAACUCAAAUAGCAGAGACAGCUGAUCCAGCCAAGGGUGAUCUUCAGGAGAAAAUGAACAAACUCCAGAAUGAAUUUGAUCAACUCCAGAAUGAACUUGAAUGGAGAAAGGCUCGUAAUAAGACAGAUGACAUCACUCUCAAUGCAGAAACAGCCCACCCCAACCUCUUUAUUGCUGGGGAUCAGAAGAGUUUGAAACAUGAAGCCCAACCUCAACAAGUUCUAUCAAAUCCACAGAGGUUCGAUUCAACUGUCUGUGUGUUGGGCUCCGAAGCAUUCUCCUUUGGAAAGCACUACUGGGAGGUGAAUGUUGAGAAGAUCAGUGACUGGGACCUGGGAGUGGCCAGAAAAUCAAUAGAGAGAAAAGGAAAACUUUCCCUGUCCCCUAAAGAGGGAUUCUGGACUCUGGGUCUGAGUGGCAGAGAUUAUUGGGCAAAAACAGAUCCAUGGACCCGGGUCACAGUUCAGAAAAAGCCCAAGAAAAUUGGAGUUUACCUGAGUUACCAAGAGGGGUGGGUGACUUUUUUUAAUGUAACUGACAUCUCUGUGUUGUUCACAUUUAAAGAUUGUUCAUUCUCAGGAGAUGUUUGUCCAUUCUUUAAAAAUUCCCACAAAGGAACAGCAAUGAGUGUUUGUUCAAUUAAAGAAGAGGACUAAAUUUAAAAUGGUUGUGAUGUCCUGUUUUGUUGACCAAACUCAGCCAAAGCCCCCUGCUGCUUCAUGGCACUAUUCACCAAACUGAAUCAAAGUAACAGAAUGCUUUGCAGCCAGGAGAAUGGUGAUCUGGAAUAACAUUCCCUAUGAAAUUAUAGUUAUAUAUAUAUAUUGCUAAUGUUACAGGGGUGGCUUCCCAUAUAAUGAAUGGAACUGUAGUGGAAUCUCACAAACUGAACUAUUAAUAAUGAAAGUAUUUUUUUUUUCAUUGCUAACUACCAGUUUAUCUGGAUUAGGUGUAUUAGCAGCUAAGAGUAGGCAAAUAAUAUCCUAUAUUAUACUAAUGUUUCUCUGCUUAAUUGCAAUCUCUGAGUCAGGUAUAAAUACAGAGGGGGAUGCACCCCAUCUUGAGAAAGUUU